UCCUGCUCACUGGUAUGCCACACAGCAGUUUCCAGUCAAGUCCCUGCUUCGCCCUGGGUACUACUAAGAAGCCGGACAUAUUACUUACAUCUCUGGAGCCGUGAUCCACUGUCUCUUCCUAGCCUGGAACACUGUCCCUCUUUCUGGAGUUCUCUCUCACUGUUCUCCAAGGCAAUCCUGCUCUCUCCCAUCUCUCCAGGAAACUCAACGUAAGCUCCAAAAUGAGCGCAGGUUUUCAAUCUCUUCCAUAGGAUAGAGAUUGUUGUCAAGAAGUAGCUACUGUUUUCUUCCAGCUCUGAUAAAGCUAGAGCAAGGAGAACUGCAAAGGGCCUGGCUACCUUUGGGAAAACUAUAAGGAAAACAAAAAUAUUUCAGACAUCAAGAUGGCAACAUACACACGUGGUCAACUCAGCCCCUCUCUAGGAGAUAAAGAACUCGGACCGAUGGUCAUUGAGAUCAUAGAAAAAAAAAUUGAGUAUCUUAGAAAAGAAAAUACUUUAAAUAUACGUGGGACACUGCUCGUUGGAACAGCAGCUGGUUUCUCUGGAAUAUUGGCAAACUUCCUUUUCAGACACUGCUUCAAGGUUAAACAUGAUGCUCUGAAGACAUAUGCAUCAUUGACUACACUUCCAUUUUUGUCUACCUUAGUUACGUAUAAGCUCCUUGUUACAGAUGCUUUGUAUUCAGAUAAUAUAAGCGUGGAAGAAUGUGCUCUGAGAAGUUCACUGGUUGGCAUAGUAUGCGGUGUUUUAUAUCCAACUGGUUUGGCUUUUUCUAAAAAUGGACGUCUGGCAGUAAAGUACCAUACUGUUCCACUGCCACCAAAAGGAAGGGUUUUACAUCACUGGCUGAUGCUUUGUCAAACAGAUAUAAAAGGAAUGCUGAUUCCUCUAGCCUUUCAGAUAGUCUUUGGAAUAUACCAGGGUAUACAACAUUAUGCAGUAUUUCAGAGUACGUUAGAGAAAACUGUACAUGAAGAUUAACCAAAUAGUGAAUGGAUUUUUUUAUGGUGAGGACUCAGGUAUUGCUGAAAGAGUUCAAAGUAACUCUGGACAAUUAGUUUCUGUUCUUUUGCCUAGUGUAUAGCAGGUUCUCAAUAAAUAUUCAGAAACUCAAUAAAUAAAUGUUAAGUUUUUUCUUUCUUCCUCAUUGUAUGUGGAAAUGGGUUUAGGCUUCAAGUUCUGAUCUGUAUAUUUAUAUACUGUCAUUCAUCAAACAUUUAUUGAGCAACAACUGCCUCUCAGGCACUGUGUUACAUGUAAUAAGAAAUGGUCCUUAUCCAGAAGGAACUCACAAUUAGAAGAUAAAUUAAACAUAUGAACACACAGCAUGAGAGAGUUUGAGAGGUAUACACGUAAUUCUAUGGGCACAUUGAGGAUGUGAAUCUUAACUAUUUGGGCAGAAGGGGAAACUAUAGAGAAGAAGUGACAUUUGACCUACAUUUUUAAGAAGUUGAAAGUUCAUAAGAAAGCAAAAUACAGAAAUAGCAUACAGCCCAUUCCUUCACUCUAAACUCUGAUUCAGCUAGCUUCUUAUAGUUAACACAU